CCGAGAAAUCAGUACAUAUUUAAUCACUCGUCAGAGAAGAUGGGGUGGCCGCAAGAAAGACAAAGUGCUAAAAGCUUAUUUGCUCAAUUAUUAUUACCAUUUUUCUUACUGUUAAGUGUUUUAACAAACAAUGCUGCACAGGAUGAGCAGUUAAACUAUCGCUUACCAAACAACACAUACCCGCUCCGGUAUAAUAUUGAGCUAACGACUCGCAUCCACGAUAACACGAUCGGUGACGAUCGGUUUCGCUUUGAGGGGAAAGUGACAAUUCAAUUGAAAACAGUCGGUGAUGUGGAUACAGAUAAUGUAACACUAAACUAUCGUCGGAUUAAUAUUACGCGAGUGAAACUGUGGUACAAUGAUCAGGAUGGUUGGGAAAAUAUACUGUUAGACGAUGCGACAAGCUUCACUUUGGAUAGCACCCGCGAGUUCCUGACGGUUCACUCGCCUAAGCCGCUAAAUGGCACCUAUUUCUUAGAAAUUAGGUACAAUGGCACAUUGCGAGAGGACAAUGGAGGGUUCUAUAGAUCUUCCUACAACGACAGCGAUGGUAAUGUGCAAUGGCUUGCAACAACUCAGUUCUCGCCUACGGAUGCAAGGCAUGUGUUUCCCUGCUACGAUGAGCCGGGAAUUAGAGCACCAAUAGCGCUGCGUGUCAUUCAUGGUAAACAUUAUUCUGUCCUUUCCAACACUAUACCCAUCGAUGUGCGAGAAAGCAUUUUAGCAGGAAUGUCAAUUACCACGUUUCCCGACACCCCAAAAAUGCCGUCCUACCUCUUAGGGAUCAUCGUCAGUGAUUUCAAAGAAGUUUCGCUGCCAAAUUUUACCGCACAAUCGGCCUUCAUUCGCGCAACAGCCUUGCGCACUCCUGUGGCUAAUUUUAUAUUAGAAGCUGGUUUUAAAAUACUGCAAUAUCUUGAAGAAUUUUUGGAGACACCCUAUAUACUGCCCAAACUUUAUCAUGUGGCAAUACCAGACUUUUCACCUGGAGCUAUGGAAAACUAUGGAUUGAUAACAUACAAAGAGGAAAACUUUAUGUUUGAUCCAAAUACUUCACCAAUGAAGCAAAAGAAGAAAAUAGCUUCCAUUGUUGGGCAUGAAAUCGGUCACCAUUACUUUGGCAACUAUGUAUCGCCGGCAUGGUGGAGCUAUUUAUGGAUGAAGGAAGGAUUUGCUCGAUUUUUCGAAUAUACAGCAGCACAAACAGCUUUCCCUGAGCUAACGAUAGGGAAAAUGUACACCGUAGAUAAAACGCACAAUGUGUUUCAGCUUGAUUCACUCGGUUCAACUAGACCCAUGACUUUUUAUGUCAAUUCACAGGUUGAAAUAAGCAACAUAUUCGAUGAUAUUGCAUACGACAAGGGUGGAGCUGUCCUGCUCAUGUUCUAUCACGCAUUCGGGAAGGAGCCGUUCCGCCAGGCAAUGGUUAACUUUCUUCAUGUAAAUGCGCUACAAGCUGGUACGCCGGACAAAUUUGCACAAUCAAUGCAGCAAACAAUGUUUUCAUCCAUCCCGCCCACGGAUCCUCCGUUUAAUGCUUUGUCGCUUUUAAAAUCAUGGACAGAACAGGCUGGCUAUCCGAUAGUACACGUCUCGCGUUCCGAUGACAACUGCUCGCUACGAAUUGAACAGGAAAGAUUUUUACUAAAAAGCACAGAUGCUAGUAAUGCAUCUACAACAUGGAUAAUACCAUAUAAUUUCGCAACGGAAACUCAGCCCAAUUUUGACGAAACCACCGUUACAGGUUGGAUUGUGGAUAAAUAUCAUGUAGUUAACCCAACGAAAGAUCACAGCUGGACUUGUGAUAGCUGGAUCGUUUUCAACAAACAGCAAACAGGUUAUUAUAGGGUAAACUAUGACGAUCAGCUGUGGCAGUUAAUUAUAAAAGCUCUGGUACAAAACGGCACCAUCAUUCACGAAUCGAAUCGUGCCCAGCUAAUAGACGAUGCAUUAAACAUUGCACGUUCUGGGAAGCUUGCAUAUGCGAUACCUUUACAGUUGCUGCGCUAUCUUUCCAAGGAAAACGAUUACCUUCCUUGGGCAGCACUUGAUCGCAAUCUCAUAGUGCUGGAUAAUCUUAUGCGAGGCACUGAUAGCUACGACGAUUGGCAUAAAUACUGCUCAGAGUUUAUUGAACCAAGCUACGUUGCGAUGGGUAUGGCCACACACGAGCAAGACACACUAACACAACGCAUGACACGUGAAAUAGUGAUUAGUUGGGCUUGUAAAGUGGGCUCUGAGGCAUGCAUUAACAGUACCCGAUUAAUUGUAGCAGAGAUAGCGGAAACCCCAACGAAAGACGCUGAACCUGACCUGCGUGAAGCGAUCUACUGCAAUGGAUUGCGAUAUUCCGCAGGCGCUGUGUUUGACUCCAUUUGGCGCAAAAUGCAACAGUCUCAAGAUCAAUUGUAUCGGUCGGAACUUAUCCGCUCGCUUGGCUGUGCGGAGAACGCGGAAUCGAUUGCGAAAUACCUGCAAAGCACAAUAGAUACAGAUAAUAGUACCUAUUUUAACCAAGAACGAGAGAGAGUUUUCAUAGCGGUCUUCAAGAACAGUCUUUUGGGUCUGGAAAUGGCGAUGACUUUCCUGCGAGAGAACAGUGAUCGGGUGAACGAACUCUACAACAAGGGCAACUUUGGUGGCCGAGCAAUAAACUCAAUCAUUCGCACCAUGGCACAACAAAUUACCAGCACAGCUAUGCAAACACAAUUCCAAACGCUAACAGCAGAGCUUCAUGAGAAGGGAUUUUUAAGGGAAUCGGAUAUGUUGCAAGCCCUAGAAUACUCGAGCGAAAAUAUGAAGUGGAUUGAAGAGAAAAGUGUACAAAUUACUGCCUGGUUGGAUGAGCAAUACCGUCCUACAACAAACGCAUCAUCUUCAACAACUGUGACAACGCAAACUCCACCGCCAGUAACCACUACCAGUACUGUUGCUAGCCCUAGUUCGACCACCGUUACGACCUAUAGUUACGUUUCAGCUUCCAGUAAUGCAACUGUACCAACCACAACGGCUGUAUAUACGUCUUUCAGUACGUCUGAGAAUGUGACUACCUCAUCGACCGUUUUCGUUAAUUUAACAACAACUUCUAUGCCAGAGGCUGACAAUUUGCAUUCGAAUCAUGCUGCACGAGCAAAUAUGUGCGAUUGCUUUUUCAUGUUGUUCGGUGUGUUUGCUUAUGUAGCGUAUCAUCGUUUUGAAACUUUAGUGCUUUAAAGCUUGGAACGAAUGCUCUUUUGAUUGAGGAGAAAUAUUUUUUUUAACAUGUGUUAACAUUUAUUGUGUAAAAAACAUAAUCAAAAUAAAAGU